CGGAAGUGUUGUUUCUAGCUUGACCGUUGAGCCUACACGGCGGCUCGCGGAUGCUCGGCGCUGCUUCCUUCCUCCGACAGAAAAGGCGGCAGAGGCCGUGUUAAACUUUCAUCACCUCCCUCUGUUGGAUCCUCCGAACUCGACCGGACCAGCCUGGUUUUAUUUUUCUGAUCUGACGCCUCGUGCAGUGUAACCAUGAGCACCACGCGACCGGAGACCUGAACCUCCAGGUCGGGACCAAGGGAGGUAGAAGAUGCCUCAUGCGUCGCUCCAUCACCGCCAGUGCGCCAGUUCAGGGCAUCCCAAACGCCGAAUAACACAGAAAUGCCGCGGUUUAGCGUCAAAUCGGUGGUCGCUGUGCUGCUAAUCGUGGUGGUCGGGGGCGCGUUCUUCUUCUGCGAGUAUCUCAUCUACUUCCCGGCCAUCUUCAGGUGCGCUUGGCCGAAGCUCAGCCAUGCCUGGGGCGGAGAGGGUAUGGACGGGCAGCCGGUGGACUCACCGGUCCACGCCAUGGUUCUGUCGGACACGCACCUCCUCGGAGCCGUGGGGGGACACUGGUUCGACAAGCUGAGGAGGGAAUGGCAGAUGGAGAGGGCUUUCCAGACCGCGCUGUGGCUCCUUAAACCAGAAAUCGUCUUCAUUCUCGGGGACAUCUUCGACGAAGGCAAGUGGAGCUCGCAGAAGCACUGGGAGGACGACGUGCGCCGGUUCCACAGGAUGUUCAGACACUCCCCCGACACAGAACUGGUCGUACUGGUUGGCAAUCAUGACAUCGGCUUCCAUUAUGAGAUGGACUGGUUCAAGCUGCAGCGCUUCGAGAAGGUCUUCAACGCCUCCUCCACCAGGAUUGUCACAACGAAGGGAGUGAACUUCCUGCUGGUGAACAGCGUCGCCCUGCAUGGGGACGGCUGUCCCAUCUGCCAGUCGGUAGAAAAAGAGCUGAUCAAACUCUCCAGAGACCUCAACUGUUCCUUUCAGAGCUCUCAGUCCAACAGCGAAGGGACGGAGAACUGUGAAGGCUCACAGACCUACCCCCCCACAGCCCCCAUCAUGUUACAGCACUACCCUCUGUACAGAGUGAGCGACGCCAGCUGCACAGGACAGGAUGCUGCACCGCCGGAAGAACGCCACCUGCUGUUCAGAGAGAAGUAUGACGUGCUGUCCAAGGAGGCCUCUCAGCGGCUGCUGCAGUGGUUUAAGCCCCGCCUCAUCCUGAGCGGACACACCCACAGCGGAUGUGAGGUUCUCCAUGACAACAAGUACCCAGAGAUCAGCGUGCCAUCUUUCAGUUGGAGAAACAGGAAUAAUCCCAGCUUCAUCCUGGCAUCGGUGUCACCCAGCAGCUACACCCUUUCCAAGUGCUUCAUGCCGGAGGAGAGCACGGUGAUCGGGGUUUACUGCUCGGCUGGAGCCUGCCUGCUGCUGCUCCUCUUGGCUCACUGCCUGUGGAUGAAGGGCUUGAUGCAGCUCAGCCUCUGCCUGCUGGGGAAGCACAAGUCUCUGUGAACCACAUUACCCAGAGUGCACCUUGUUUUAUGGAGCUGGUAAAGGACUUCUACCUGUGUGGUGUUCAGUCAGGGAACACGUUUUAAAUGUUUUUAGAAGAUCAGUGCUGGCAUUGAUGACGGGAGCCCGAUGGUGACAAAUCACCAGUGUUAAAAACAAUUUGAGGUUGGGAUUUUUGGGGAAAAACCACUUGCAGCGAGUCGGACAAACGUGUGUAAAUACUUCCUGGUCUAAUCUCUGGUGGCGAGUCUGAGGUGCUUCUUGUCCCACCUUCUGAUGUUACCUGUAAAUGCACACACACCAUCUCUGAGCACCUUUUAUUUAUACGUUUUUUGAUGUCAUUUCACCGCUUCUCGUUGUUUUUAAUGAUGCGUAUUGGACAUUAUUUAUUAUCUUUUAGAGCAAAAUUGUUUAAUGAAGUGUAAAUAAAAGUUUUCUGGUGGAUAAAUGA